CCCAGAAGAGAGAGAGAGAGAGAGAGAGCGAGCUAACGGCAAUAAAUAGAGGACGCGUUUGCAUCUCUCCUAUUUCUCUGUAAAUUAUAAAAGUCUCCAUCUCCAUCUCCAUCUCCUUCUCCGUCUCCGUCUCCGUCCCCGUCCCAAGAAAAGUUCUUUUCUUUUCUUGUAUCUGUUGUGUAUAUACAUACAUACCCUCCGUUCAAUCUCCGGGAAACCAGUUUCAAGAUUUCGGAUCGAAGGUGAACAGAGAGACAUUCUUAAGAGGGGAUUCGCAAACAGGGAGGACAGGAGAAAACAUAUUAGUAUAUACCUGCGGGGAAUAUCGACGUUGAAUUAUCCUUCUCUCUUUCUGAAUCGGAUCAGUCCGUUGAUGGCGUCGUCUUCGAACUCGAAUCCCGAAGUUGACUGGAACCGGUCGCGAGAAUCGAAGCGCAAAAAGCGAAGGAAGAUCGGGGGCGAAAACCAAGUCCAACAGGUCAAGACCGAGAAGAUCAGAUGGAGGUCCGAGGCGGAGCAGCUGUCCUACUCUGUGAAGCUGAUCGAAGCCCUCCGUGAAGCUCAAGCUCGCCGUAAUUCAUCCCCUCCGGCCCCCGCCGCCAACUGCCGCACCGUCCGAGAUACCGCCAACCGCAUCCUGGCCGUCUCGGCCAAGGGGAGAAGCCGCUGGAGCCGAGCGAUUCUCACGAAUCGACUCAGAACGAGACUCAACAACAGUAACAAGCAUAAGAAGCACAAGAAGCUGAAGGUAACCGGCGACAUCCGGUCGAAGAAGCUGCCGGUACUGAAGAGGACGUUACCGCCUCUGCAGCGAAAAGUCCGUGUCCUCGGCCGGCUGGUCCCCGGCUGCCGGAAACUUCCGUUUCCGAACCUUCUAGAAGAAGCGAGUGACUACAUCGCCGCUCUAGAGAUGCAAGUCCGGGCCAUGGAUGCCCUCGCCGGCCUUCUCACCGGCGCCGAAUCAUUCUCUGGUCCCCCAAAUCUGCUCGGCUCCAACCUGUCCCAGCCUUAGCAUAUUAUUAUUAUUAUUAUUAAUCCUUUUUUUUUUUAAACUUCCAAACCAACCCCCCCCCCCCCCCCCCCCCCCUUUCCUCUCUCUUUGAGCUUUUAAAUUCAAUGUGUUCUAUUUGUGUACAUGCCGUCUUCUCUUUCAAUCCUCAACUUCUUUGGCUUUUUGGGAUUCUAUUCAUUCUUCAAUUCUUUAAUGGCUGAGAGCCGACUAAAAUUCAAAGUAGUUCUAUAUUUAUUAGGCAGCCGCACCACACAUGCAUUUGCCUGGGUUUUGUUGCCAAUUCAAUGGCUGAUAUGCAGCGAGUGGCUGCUCUUUCUUUAAUAUCUUCUGCUUCUGCCGCUGCUCCUGCUUCUGCUGCAAGUGAGGGACAUGUCAAUUAACUAUUUUCCUUGUGCUGAGAAAAUUUUCCAUCGCCAGGAAACUUUCCCACCAAUAUAGCUCAGAAAAGAGGCAUGGGUUUUCUGGCCUAACAAACAGGCGCCUUUACUAUCUACCUGUACUUGGGUGUAUUCACUCUCGAAGUACGACAGAUCUUGCUUAAGCUGGGUAAGAUAUGGAGAUCAAAGAGCAAGGUGGACCCUGUUGGACCAAAUUGUUUCAUGCCUGUGCUACAGCCUAGGCCUUGGGGUUCCUGGCUGGAUUCCUGAUUCAGUUUCUUCCAUGGAUAUGAAUUUUCUUCCUAAUUCCUGGAAAGAUAUGACAAGUAUUCAUGAAAAAUGUCUAUAUAUACUUUAAAACAAUCAGUGGAAGUUAUUUGAAAGGUCAAGAAAAUUGUACAAGAAGACCAGGUAAGAGCGACUAGGACAGCUCUCUUCUAUGAGGAGUUCAUAUAUAUAUGAAGCUUAAAGCCUUGUUGUUGGUCAUAUGAUUCAUCGUUGAUCAUCAAUUUAAGCAGUUCAUACACAAUAUAUCAGAGGAGGUAGAGAGAGUCAAAGAGGGGGAAAGGCAAGCUGUGGAUAUUUUCCUAAACACAUGAAGUAGAAAGAGUGGUGGGGAAUAUUAGAGUUGGCAGAAAUCCACCAAAUUGGUCCAUUUGGCAGCAGACACUAGACGUCCAGCCAAGUAACUGCACAUGUGAGAUGUGAAAAUAAUCCAAAACAUUGCCUUGUUAAUUAUGACACUCACCCACACACACACUCUGCCUUUUCAAUUGCAUGUAAAAAUUGUUCCAAUGAGUGCACUUCAUGUGACUACAAGUCUCUGCGGUCUUAGAACGAGAAAAUUAUUUUAUGCACAAGCUCUCUCUUUAACA